AUGGGAGCGCAGGCAUCCAAGCAGAUCGCCCGUCGGAAGGCCAUCUCCACCGAGAAACAAACCCUCUGCGACCUCAAGGGCAGCUGCGGCACCGACUUCCCCGGCUCCGACUACCGCCCCGCCGACCGCCAGAACUGGAUGUCUGGAAUCGGACCCGACAAGAUCCGGAUCAACCAGAUCGUGUGGCCCGGAACCCACGACUCCGCCACAAACAAGAUCGGCAUCCCUUUCGUCACCCGCCCUUUCGCCCAGUGCCAGUCCCUCUCCAUCUACCGCCAGCUCUGCCGCGGCGCCCGCGUCCUCGACAUCCGCGUCAACCAGGACCGCCUCAUCUGCCACGGCAUCUUGAAAACCUACUCCGUCGACGUCGUCAUCGCUGACGUCAAGAAAUUCCUCUCCGAGACACAGUCCGAGGUCAUCCUCCUCGAGGUCCGGACCGAGUUCGGGCACGACGACCCGCCCGAGUUCGACAGGUACCUGGAGGAGCAGCUCGGGGAGCACCUGAUCCACCAGGACGACGCCGUUUUCGGCAAGACGGUGGCGGAGCUGCUCCCGAGGCGGGUGAUCUGCGUGUGGAAGCCGAGGAAGUCGGAGGCGCCGAAGCCCGGCGGGGCUUUGUGGGGGGCCGGGUAUUUGAAGGACAAUUGGAUCGACACGGACCUGCCGUCGACGAAAUUCGAGAGCAAUCUCAAGUUUCUGAGCCAGCAGGGGGCGGCGGCGGGGAGGAGGUUUUUCUACCGGGUGGAGAACACGGUGACGCCGCAGCCCGACAACCCGAUCGUGUGCGUGAAGCCCGUGACGAGCCGGAUCCACUCCUACGCAAGGCUGUUUAUCAACCAGGCGGUGGCGAAGGGGUGGGGGGAUCGGCUGCAGAUUUUGUCCACGGAUUUCAUCGACGAGGAUUUUGUGGAUGCUUGCGCGGGUUUUACUUAUGCCAGAGCCGAAGGCAAAGCUUGA